AUGGAUUACACGGUGUCACUCCAGGUGCAACACCAGCUCGCGCUGUCCCCAACGCACGUGUACGAAGGCUACAGCUUGGAGUUACAGAUGAAGUCGACGGAGGUGGACCAGGGCCUGUUCACCGACAGCUACUGUAGAGUCUGCAGCGCCCAGCUCAUCUCAGAGUCCCAGAGGGUGGCGCACUAUGAGGACUGAAGCGGAGCUACAGCUGUGAGGUCUGCAGCGUGACUCUCAACUCGGUGGCCCAGUACCACGCACAUCUGCAGGGCUCCAAGCACCAGAACAACCUGAAGAACCAGAUAUGUGUCCAGUGAUCGACGGUGGAUGAAGAUCCAACCGCAAUGAUUGAUGUCAGACAAGCUGUGGACAGCUUGCCCCUCUUCCUCUUUCUCUCACUCUUACUAGCGCUCUCUCUCUCUCUCUCUCUCUCUCUCUCUCUCUCUCUCUCUCUCUCUCUCUCUCUCUCUCUCUCUCUCUCUAUCACACUCUCUCUCUCUCUCUUUAUAUUUUUCCUCACCUCCUACAAUGGAAUGAAACCUUCCAUCAACAACAUAAUAAUCCAUAAUAAUAAUAUUACUGUACAGCGUCCCACAGCCCCCCCUCCCCCCGUGCUCCUCGCCAUGGUUACACCACGACCGGUGAAACUCCCUCGGGAACAGAAUACACUUGUUACGUUGGGACGUUUAUUUUGGAAUGUUCUCUUCUGGGACUCGAGUCCAAAAGGGACGGGGCCUGCAACACAUGGGAUCAUAAAUAUCGAGAGUGCGAGAGAAGAGUUUGACUUUUCAUAAUAACUAGAAUAUAGGAAAAAUGAAGAUGUCUGUUUUAGUUUUUUAUUUAUUCGAGAUAGAAUAUUUAUUCAAAGAUAAGAUCUGAUGGUACUUUAACUGUCAUAUAAAGUACUUUAGCUGCAUUUUGUAAAGUGUAUCCGUGUAGCAGUUCUUCUCACCCUCCAACAUACUACAAAGUGUGGGUUUUUUGUAUCUAAGUGUAAAGGCAUUAGCGCAUCGAUGUACUGCAUCCUUUAACGGACUGGUUCAACAAACCCCCGCGCGGGUUGGACGUUUGGUUAACGGUGUAAUAAAACAAAACUGCUUUAACUUUUCAUCAUAACGUGAACGAUACUGACUUAACACCUUUCCCAGUGUACGGCUAGUCAUUUCCGUUGCGCGGCCGAGGUUAUCGGAAGAGCGAAAACUCAACGUUUCCCCUUUGUAGCACAGACGGGUCGUAACCGCCCCGACCAGACCGCGGCCAACGCCCGAUCGGAUUGGCUCAGUGAUCUUCCGUUGCUGUACACUAGACGCCUCAUUGUGGCCAUCAGUGAUUAUGCUUGGAAUGCCUUCUGUUGUCGUCUGCCAACCUCUCCUUCAUUUAAUUGUUGUCUUCAUCUCAGGGAGCUGCGAUUAGUUCACGAAGCAAAACAGAAAACCACCGCACCCCCCUCCUGAAUUGCCUCGUCGCCAAGAAAUAUAGAUUUCCGUCGCGUUCUGCGAAGGAUGACGGUGUUGCCAUCGGUAAAGAACCACCAUAGCAGUAAUGGCUUGAAGGCGUCCAUGUUUUGGAGGGUUGCAGCAAGCAGUUCACUUUCAUACCUCUUACAUACUGAAGUUAAGCUUAUGUAGCAGGUGUCUUCACUGUUGUUUCAAGGUGUCCACCUUCCAAACCAUGCUGUGUGAAUGAUAGAGAGCUUCUGUACGGUUUCGAUACUGUAUAUCGUCGCGCUUAAACAACUUUGGUUUCUGUAUAUAAAGCCAUUUAUUGUGCUUAACCACUGAUUCUGGUGUUUAGCUCUUCAAUGGAUCUGGUAAAGGUUUAAAAAGGGGUUUUAUCCCUUCAUCUCAUUUGCUUGUUUUGGAUUUUAUAAAAUGAUGUCUAUUAAAUGAACCAAUUCCCUCAAAGCGCUCAAAGGUUAGGUUGGGGACAUUUUCUUAUCGAUAAAAAUAACUGCUGUCGUCACAGAUUGAAAACAGACCCUUGCUGAUGUCAGAAAAAACUAACGCUGUGGGCGGCGAUUUCUAGAAAUGUUUUAGGGUUCUUUUAUAUUACAAAAUGCUAUGUGCACGCACGAUUUGUGAAUGCAACUCUUGACAAAAAGUCCACAGAAUUGCUCACUAGGGCCCAAGAAAAGGGCCGUUUGUCUCUUGGUCCGGUGAAGUCGCGUCAUGUCCUAAUACACCCUGCCCCUUGCCCCCCGCUCCUGGCUCUGCGCUCUGGGUUAUAUGAUAGGGGUUGUAUGAUCUGGGAUAUAUGAUCUGGGAUAUGUGAUCUUGGUUAUGUGAUAUGGGUAAACGAUCUGGGUUAAGUGGUCUGGGUUAAGUGAUCUGGGUUAUGUGAUCUGGGUUAUGUGAUCUGGGUUAUGUGCUCUGGGUUAUAUGAUCUGGUUUAUGUGAUCUGGGUUAUGUGAUCUGGUUUAAAUGCUCUAUCUAGUGUGUCUGAUGAAGAAAAAUAAAGGACACUUUCAACUUACCACUA